CUUGAACUGACUUGUAGAAUUUCCUUCUUCAAAGUAAUGCGAAGAACCAUCAAGAUUGAUUAAAAUCGUCUAGUGUCUGUUUUAAGAGAUCUCUUAAUCGAUUGUUCGUUAUAUGUAUAUAUAUCAAUAUAUAUAUAUAUAUAUUUUUUGUCAUGUCAAGGAUGUGUCAAUAAUGAAUUAAGGGAAUGUCCUGUAAUACCUGCCAAAUAAAAUUUUCAUUCUUUACAAGAGACAUUGGUUGCCCGAGCUGCGGCUUUUCUUACUGCAGCAAAUGUCUCAAGUACAAAUGCGAUAUUCCUGACAUAGGGAGAAAGAAAGUUUGCGGACGUUGUUACAACAAGUUGAACAGAAUGAAGAGAUCGAGUGAUUCGAGUCCCGAUGACAUUGCGGACGAUGCUCUCAUGCCUGAUGUGAACGAGAAACCACUUGCACCAAUUGAUAUCACUAUGAGAUUGGAUUUGUUAGAAAAUCCAGUAAAGCCUCCAAUAGUGAUAUAUGAGCAUACAAAUCAUUGGGACAAGCUUAAAAUGGGACUAGAUCCAGCCGAUCAACAGAUUGUAGAUAGAUUACGAAAGUUGAAAGAUGAGGAACAAAAUAUUCCAUUGCCUACUGUCGAGGAGAUAAAGCAAAGAUUAGCAUUGCUGAAAGAUCAAAAUCCAGAAGCCAGUGGAAGUAACAGCAUAAAUAUACAUCAAGUAGAUACUCGAACAGAUCAAGAAAAAGCAGAUGAUUUGAUUCAAGAAUAUCUCGCACAAAUGGACCUACCUUCGACUAGCGAUUGCAAGGAUAUUCAAGAGAGACUCAACGCUUUACAGGAUGGUAAAACUUGUCUUGAUCGAGACAUGAAAGAGAAAAUUGACAUUUAUAAGGAGAUAUGUGAUUCAACAAGCACUGAUAGCGUCGAGUUAAUUAGCAAAAUUUCGGCAAUGGAAAUAGAGACUUCUCCAAACAUAGAAGACGAAGAGGAUAAAGAUGAGGAUAAAGAUGAGAGUGUAAAUGAAUGUGUAAUGUGCUCACGAACUGCGAAUGAAUCAGAACUAUACAGAUGUGCAGGUUGUACAGGCGACCUUUACUGUCCUUUGUGUUUUGAGAGCUCUCAUGAAGAAAGUGAAAUGCUGGAUAAGCACAAAGCGGUUCGCUUUAUCAAGGAAGAUAAAAGAGAUCAAUUAUCCUCUGCCAAGAUGAGCCUUAUACAGAAACUAUUAACGUCAGAUUGUUCAAAGAAUAAUCACUAAUAAUUUGUAAAUUUGUAUAUCUGUUAGGAAAUUUUCAGAGACAAAAGUUUUACACAGAUUUACAUUGUUGAGUUGGCUGUAGUCAGACAGUAUUGUAUGCACACAAGAUUAUAAUGCUUUUAACAAAAUGAUUCAGUAUGUUCUCCAAUUGCUUAAUUCGGAUGAAUUUUUCAGUCUCUGGAAAUUGAGAAUACGCUUCGUCACUCGCUUUUGGCUGUGUCGUUCCAUAGUGUGGUAAUUUUUAUUCAUUGGUCUUAUUAUUAACUUCCUAUUUCUAAUAUUAUACAACAGAUACAUAAUGAUGUACCCUCGUAUGCAUCGAAUAUAGUCGGAUAUAGAUGAUAUUGCAUUAACAUUUAUUAUAGAAAAUGCUAUUCUUUAUAAUUCUUCGGAAUAAAGUUAUUUUGGCUAUUGUUAAUGAA